AACGUAAGAAAAGGUCGGUUGGUUCGCACUGGUGGCCAAAUGGUCCAAUUACCACAGGGAAAAGGGCCUCUGGAACCAGAUUGGCAUCCUCUCUACCUAUACGUAGAGAGGGUAGACCCAGGGGCGGUGAGAACCUGCCCCGGAUGUGGGCGUGGCCCUGAGGUAGAACACAGAGACUACACCGCGGUGGUUUGGGAGGCGGAACUGAGAUCUUUUUCUUGAUUAUCAUGUGACGGGCUCUGGAUUUAAUGGAGAAGAAAGCGUGGAAAAGGCCAAGGAUCCAAACUGGCGAGUUUUCUGAUCUUCGUGCCCCUCCCCGCUCUCCGGCCAGCGGCGCUGCCAGGGUGUAUUUCCCUUUUUUCGACUCUGCAACAGCCUCUUUAAACUGUUUAAAUGAGAAUGUCCUUGGCUCAGAGAGUACUACUCACCUGGCUUUUCACAUUACUCUUCUUGAUCAUGUUGGUGUUGAAACUGGAUGAGAAGGCACCUUGGAACUGGUUCCUCAUAUUUAUUCCAGUCUGGAUAUUUGAUACUAUCCUUCUUGUCAUGCUGAUUGUGAAAAUGGCUGGGCGAUGUAAGUCUGGCUUUGACCCUCGACAUGGAUCACACAACAUUAAAAAAAAAGCCUGGUACCUCAUUGCAAUGUUACUUAAAUUAGCCUUCUGCCUUGCACUUUGUGCUAAACUGGAACAGUUUACUACCAUGAAUCUGUCCUACGUCUUCAUUCCUUUAUGGGCCUUACUCGCUGGGGCUUUGAUAGAACUCGGAUAUAACGUCUUUUUUGUGAGAGACUGACUUCUAAGGACAUCAUUUCAUUUUAUUGCUGUUCAACAAGCUAUCAUUAAAGUGUUCUGAAUCCUUGCAAGCUUGAAGAAUACCAGAGAACUGAGAAAAUAACCAAAUGUAGUUUUAUACUGCUUCCAUAAAAUAGUCUUUGUGAAUCAUGGACUUCUAGUCAACCCAAAGCUUAAUUAUUCAAUAUUUCAGUUAUUAAUACCCUUAACUAUCCCUAUAUAAAUAAAGUUUGUUUUUGACCUUA